AAGGCACAGUCAGUAUAUGAAGAUCUUUGAUCAUUUAGAGCUGAGCUGCUGAAGCCUGAAGUUCAUGGUGUGUUGAGAGUAAGAAAGGAUGGCAAAGAGUAAGAUAAAUGAAGGGAAUGGUGAUUUGGUUGCAGACUUCAUAUUCUCUUGGUCUCUUGAUGAUAUAUUUAAUGGAGAUCUCUUCAAGGGAAAGGUUGUGAAAAAUCCUUUAACUUUUGAAUCGAUGAAGAGUUAUCUGAAUUCAUAUACUUUUCCUAUGCUUGAGGAAGUACGUGCUGAUAUUGCUUCUUGCCUUGAAGUUAUUGCACAAGCUCCAUUUACUAAUAUUCUGGAAAUUAACAAGAUCGGUCCAAAGAAGCAACUGUUAUACCAUAUUAAAAUUGGUAGGCAAAAUGCUUCAGUUGCUGGUGAGAAUGAAAUAUACAUACCAAAGAGAGGAGAUAUAUUUGUCUUAACUGAUACAAGACCAAAGUUGGUUUCUGAUUUAAUACAGAAUGGAAGAUCAUAUAGAAUUGCUAUUGUAUCUAAGGGAGGUGAUGAUGAUGAUGAGAUGCCACCUCAUAAGUAUAAAAUCUCAUUGUCUAAAAGCUUAGACAAUGAUCAGUUUUGUGAUAUUGGAAACAGUAAACCCCCUUUGUUUGCUGUUUACUUGAUGAAUAUUGCAACAUCAAGUCGUAUGUGGAGAGCAAUUGACUUUCAAUUGGCUACUAAAAGAAAUUUGCUACUUGUUAAUGAAGUCAUCAACAAUAAAUCAUCGAUUUUCAAAGACAGAGAAGUGCCGCAAUCUGAUGGACUUGGCAAUAUAAUAAACAAGUUGCUUGAUUUUAAAGUUAAUGAUUCUCAAAAGAAUGCAGUACUAAGUUGUGUAUGGGCAUCUCAACGCAACGAUAAAUGUUCAAUUGAUCUUAUUUGGGGGCCACCGGGAACUGGAAAGACGAACACAACUGGUGCUCUGCUCUGGAUAUUGAAAGAAAUGAAAUGCAGAACGCUCACUUGUGCGCCUACAAAUACUGCUGUGAUGGAAGUCGCUUCGCGGUAUAUGAAGUUGUUAAAAGAGAAAGAGAAUGCUGCAGAAAAGGGCGCUCUUCUACUUGGAGAUGUGUUGCUAUUUGGGAAUAAAGAUCGGAUGAAGAACAAUGAUUAUCUUCGUGAUGUGUUCUUGGAUAAUCGUGUGAAAAAACUCAUACCAUGGUUUGCACAAAAAACGGGUUGGAAGCAUUGCCUGGAUUCAAUGGUGGAGCUCUUUGUGGACUCUUUCAAAUUGUAUCAGCAACAUGUCGAAAAGGAAUGGAUAACUCUUGAAGACUUUGUGAGAAGAAAAUUUGCAGAGAAUUCAAAGAGUCUGAGUCAGUGUCUUAGAACAUUAAGAAUGCAUCUGCCAAGUGCUUCCAUUUCUGUAGAAAGCUCUAGAGACAUUGUUUUGCUCCUUGAUCUACUACAAGAAUUUCAUGCCAUUCUUCGGCAAAAGUUUACCACCAGUGAUCUGGAGGAAGUCUUUAAGUCUAACAGUGUACAAGACAGUAAUUCUAAAACUUCGGAGCUGAUAGAUCUGGAGGAAGUCUUCAAGUCUAACAUUGUACUAAACAGUAAUUCUAAAACUUCAGAGCUGAGAGAUCUGGAGGAAGUCUUUAAGUCUAACUGUGUAGUAAACAGUAAUUCUAAAACUUCGGAGCUGAAAGAUCUAGAGGAAGUCUUUAAGUCUAACAGUGUUCUAAACAGUAAUUCUAAAACUUCGGAGCUGAGAAAGAGCAAAGAAAGAUGUCUUCAAGUAUUGUAUAGACUUCAGUCAGGAUUGAAACUUCCUCUUACCUGUUCAAAAAGAGGUAUUGGAGAUUUUUGCAUGCAAAAAGCAUCACUUAUGUUCACUACAGCAUCUUCUUCUUCAAAAUUGUACAAUGUGAAGGGGAUGAAACCUCUUGAUGUGUUGGUCAUUGAUGAGGCUGCACAGUUAAAAGAGUGCGAAACACUGAUUCCUUUACAGCUAUCUGUAGUUCGCCACGCAAUUCUCAUCGGUGAUGAAUGUCAAUUACCAGCAAUGGUGAAGAGCAAGGUCUCAGAUAAUGCACUGUUUGGAAGAAGUCUGUUUGAGAGGCUAACUUCACUGGGUUACAAGAAGCAACUUCUAAAUGUACAGUACAGGAUGCACCCUUGGAUAAGCCGAUUCCCGAAUGCUAGCUUUUAUGACAAUCAAAUUUCAGAUGGUCCGAAUGUCACUGACAAGAAGCACGCUAGAUGUUUUCUGCCUGGCCCCAUGUUUGGUCCUUAUUCAUUUAUCAAUAUCGAGUUCGGAAAUGAGGUUGCCGAUGCUUUGGCACAUAGCAAGAAAAAUUUGGUUGAAGUAGCAGUUAUUUCAGACAUAAUCAGAAGACUAGCCAGUGAAUGUGUGAGGACUAAACGGAGAGUUAGUGUUGGUAUCAUCUGUCCAUACACUGCACAAGUUUCAGCAAUUCAAGAGAAACUCGGCAAAGCAUAUAAUGGGAAAACAUCUUUUUCUGUCAGAGUUAAUUCAGUUGAUGGAUUUCAAGGCAGUGAGGAGGACAUCAUAAUAUUUUCUGCUGUAAGGUCGAACACUGCCGGAACAGUUGGAUUUCUGUACAAUCAUCAACGAACAAAUGUUGCACUGACCAGAGCAAAGCAUUGUCUUUGGAUUUUAGGAAAUGCUCCAACAUUAUCUAGCAGUGGUACUAUCUGGAGUAAAUUAGUUCGUGAUGCAAAAAAUCGAGGAUGCUUCUUUGAUGCAAAGGAUGAUAAAAGCAUCAUGAAUGCCAUGAUGAAACAUUGCAAUGACUUUGGUAAAAUAAAUGAUCAGAUUUAUAACACUAAUUCCUUGGAUAUCAGUAAAACACAAGAGAAGAAAUCUGGAGGGCCUUCAACAUCAAAAUCACUUUCCAAUUAUGUUUUGAUUAAAAGUCUUGAUAAGAAGAAUGAGGGAGAAAUACAUGUACUUUCAAAUCAGUUCCUGCAGCUCGGUGCGGAUAAUACUUCUGAAGCUCCAAAAUCUGAUUCGAGCAAAAUCAAAACUUCAGAAGGGAAAAAGAUGGAGAACAACCCAAAAAUGGAGGAUAAAAGAAAAUUUCAAACUAAGGAAAACCAUGUUUCUGACGUGAUGUAUCAACCGAAAUAUCAUCCUUCCACAAGAAAAUCUGAAGAUCAUGUGCCAAUUUGUAUUUCUAAUGCUGCACCUUGCUCAACCACAACAGCACAAACAGCUCCAAAGGAAAAGAAUGUAGUGGAACAUGAUAAUUUAAGCAAUUUAAGUUCUGAAGCUGCGCAUCAAUCUGAACAUCCACAAAUAAUCAAAUCUGAAGGAUAUAUGCAAACUGAUACUCUACCAAAUUGGGGUAAUCCAAAUUAUGAUGCAUCAAGCUCAACCUUAAAGAUGGAAGCAGCACCAAAACCAAAACAGCUGAUUGAAGAGAGAAAAGAGGAGCCGGGCAACAUGUGUGUUACCAUCGCGGCUUCAGUUGCUGUUGCAGUCAUGGGCUCAGCUGCUUCGCGAAUAUUUCGCUGGUUUAAUCAGAGUUAAAAAUGAUUUCUAGGUUUAAUCUACUAUAAUUAUAUAAAAUAUACCCCUGCAGUAUUCAGGCCAUUAUCUGCCAUCUGAUCUAAGCCUGAAAGAUUGGACAUUAUCUUAUGAGCAUCUGGUACCUGUGUAACUAAAGCAUUACAUGAAAGGGCUAAAUGUCAAAUGAUUAUUGAUGAACCUUGGCUUGUAGUAAAUUGUGACGUUUAUGUUCAUGAAAAAUCGAAUGAAAGUCAUGAUUGGAUGGUCAAUGGCUCUCUUCUUAUUCUGGCAA